UCACUCACCGGCCACGACUUUCAUUUCCUCUCCUUUCUUUCUUUUCCAUUAAGUGCCGGGCAUUGACCAUUUGAAGUCACUUGCGUGGUCAUUCGAGCUCUUCAAUCUCGUGUCUACAGCUUUUCUCUGGGGGAAGCAGCCGAGAAGUUUCUGAUCUUAUCUUCUCCUUGUCCUAAAUUUAAUCAAAAUUAAUCAGGCCAACUGUAGAGGAACAGUCUCAAUCGCUCUGUUUUCAAAUCUGUGGAUUCCUUAAUCUUUCAGGGUUUCCAGGUCAUAUGUUCUGCCUGUGAUGAUCUGAUCUUUGAGUUUGUUUCGUCCCUAGUUUCUACAAGUCAAGCAGAUGCUUCAAUCCUCGCUGAUUUUGUAGUGCUUGUUUCGACAGUUGAAUGCAUCACACAGACUCGACAGGGACGAUGCUCUCAGUUAGCUUAGCAUGAUGAAAUUUUGGCUUGAUAUUGAUGUCCCUACAAAAGUGAAACUUUAUGAUCUAAAUUGAAGAUUUAUAUCUGCUGAGAUAUCACUUUGAAAAUAUGAAUCACCGGGAGGAGAGAUAUGUGAGGUAUCAGGACUUAAAUUCUGGGAGAGCCUUGAUUACAGGAAAGAUCACUUCAGUUGGAAAAGGAAAGAAAUUCAGUUGGAUAGUGAAAAUUUUUCAAAGAUUAUUUCAAUUUAUAUAUGAAGCAGUAAGAAAUAUUUCUCAUGACAAGUCUAUGAAUGAUUUUGCUCUAGAGGAACCACAGUCCAGGAAAAAAGUACUUGACCCUCAAGGAACAUUUCUUCAAAGGUGGAACAAAAUAUUUGUCCUUUCCUGUGUGAUUGCAGUAUCUGUGGAUCCCCUUUUCUUUUAUAUACCGAUAGUUGAUGAUAAUAAUAAUUGUCUUGAUCUGGACAAAAAAUUAGAAAUCACUGCAAGUGUGCUGCGCUCUUUCACAGAUAUAUUUUAUAUUAUCCAUAUUAUUUUUCAAUUUAGAACUGGUUUCAUCGCUCCUUCAUCUCGAGUUUUUGGAAGAGGUGUUUUGGUUGAAGAUUCUGCGGCAAUAGCAAGAAGAUAUUUGUCAUCAUACUUUUUUAUCGAUAUACUUGCUGUCCUUCCUCUUCCGCAGGUAGUUGUACUGAUCAUAGUGCCAAGUUUGAAAGAGUCAUCUCCAUUGGAUGCAAAAGACCUAUUGAUGCUCAUUAUCUUAUUUCAAUAUGUCCCUAGACUUAUAAGGAUCAUACCCUUGUAUAUGGAAGUAACUAGAUCAGCUGGCAUAAUUACUGAAACUGCUUGGGCUGGGGCUGCCUUCAACCUUCUGCUUUACAUGCUUGCAAGUCAUGUGCUUGGAGCAUUCUGGUACUUGCUUUCAGUUCAACGAGAAGAUGCAUGCUGGAAACAUGCUUGUUCCAUGAAUAAAUGCAACAUCUCCUCCUGGUACUGUGGAAAAGAGAAAGGCCAAGACAAUGGAUUUGUUGUAGAUGCAUGCCCCAUACAAAAUCCUAACAGUUCUGUUUUUGACUUUGGAAUCUACCAAUUAGCACUUAAAAAUAUUGUUCAGACAAGAAAAUUUCCUCAGAAGUUCUUCUACUGCUUUUGGUGGGGGCUGCAGAAUCUUAGUUCUCUUGGACAAAACCUUACCACAAGUACUUACGUAUGGGAGGUUCUCUAUGCUGUAUUUGUUUCUAUAUCAGGCUUGGUACUUUUUUCACUUCUCAUCGGCAAUAUGCAGACCUACCUUCAGUCCACCACUGUUAGAGUAGAAGAAAUGAGGGUAAAAAGGAGAGAUUCAGAGCAAUGGAUGUCCCAUCGUUUACUUCCAGAGAGCUUGAGGGAUAGAAUACGUCGAUAUGAGCAGUACAAAUGGCAAGAGACAAGAGGUGUUGAUGAAGAGAGCCUCCUUCAAAACCUUCCUAAGGAUCUCAGAAGAGACAUCAAGCGACACCUCUGUUGGGCUCUACUCAUGAGGGUUCCAAUGUUUGAAAAGAUGGAUUAUCAACUAAUAGAUGCCAUGUGUGAUUGCUUGAAACCCGCUCUGUUCACUGAAGAAAGCUGCAUUGUUCGUGAAGGGGACCCCGUGGAUGAAAUGCUCUUCAUCAUGAGAGGAAAGUUGCUGAGUGUGACCACAAAUGGCGGAAGGACUGGUUUCUUCAAUUCUGAUUAUCUCAAAGGUGGCGACUUCUGCGGGGAAGAGCUGCUCACCUGGGCUCUCGACCCCCAUUCUUCUUCCAGCCUGCCAAUAUCAACGAGGACAGUGAAGGCCUUAUCCGAAGUCGAAGGUUUUGCUCUGUCAGCUGAUGAUCUUAAAUUUGUGGCAACCCAAUUCCGAAGACUCCACAGCAAGCAACUUCGCCACACCUUUAGGUUCUAUUCACAGCAGUGGCGAACAUGGGCGGCUUGUUUUAUACAGGCGGCUUGGCGUCGAUAUUCACGGAAGAAGCUGGAAGAAUCCCUUCGGAAAGAAGAGGACAGGUUGCAGGCUGCGCUUGUGAAAGGCAACAGCAAUUCACCCAGCCUCGGGGCCACAAUAUAUGCCUCCAAAUUUGCAGUUAAUGCAUUGCGCGUCCUGCGACGGAAUGGGACUCGGAAGACGCGGCUGCAGGAAAGACUGCCGGUGAUGCUGUUGCAGAAACCCUCGGAGCCUGAUUUCACUGCAGAGGAACAUUAGCAGAGAUUUGCUUCUUGUGUGCUCCCUUGCAGUUGCUUUUUCCUCGGCAAGUCCUCUUGAUUUGGAUGCCGCAAGGUUUCAUUGUUUACGAUUUAUGGCUAUUGUGGCCAGUGUUGUCUUGUUUGGCUGUACUGUUAUGCAUGCUUGUGAUUGCAGAGAACACUCAACAAUUUUUAUGGCAUUACCGUUAGAAUUGGAAAUGUUGUCCUAGCUGAGGUGAUGUUUGUAUUGUACAUAAAUCUAACUAAAGGGACCUUUUUUUUUUUUUUU